UCUUGUUUCACUAAUAAUAAUGAAGAAAAAAGGUAGUGAUUUGUUGCCAUUUAUAGCAAUGGUGAUUGUACAAGUUGGCUAUGCUGGAUCAAAUGUUGUGACAAAACUAGUCAUGGAUACUGGUAUGCACCCUUUUGUUCAGACAGCAUACAGGCCUAUAUUUGCCACCAUUUCAAUUGCACCCUUUGCUUACUUCUUGGAGAGGAAAACAAGACCAAAGUUGACACUAUCUGUAUUUUUUCAAAUUUUCUUGUGUUCCAUUAUCGGAGUAACUGCAAACCAAUAUACAUUUUGUAUUGGGCUAAAAUAUACUACUCCGACAAUUGUUUCCGCCCUCGAUAAUCUAAUCCCAGCAUUCACUUUUCUCCUAGCCAUUUUAUUCGGGCUUGAAAAAUUGGGACUAAAAAGUUUAGCAGGACAAGCCAAAUUGAUUGGAACUAUCGUGUGUGUUGGAGGGGCUAUGUUAUUGUCAUUGUAUCGUGGACCUGUACUGAUUGGCCAAUUGGGAUUUCACUGGAAAUAUGCUGAAAACACUACUAAUGACAAGGAUAUCAAUUCUACCCAUACCAAUUUCAUUUUGGGACCUUUUAUACUCAUAAUCAGCAGUAUUACCUAUGCAUUAUGGUUAACCAUUCAAGCAAGAGUGAAUGAGAAGUAUGCAGCUCCAUAUUCAAGCACCCUUUUGAUGUUCUUCAUGGCAAGUUUCCAGUGCAUGAUUAUCAGUUUUUGUGUGGUACCAAAAGCUUAUGAAUGGGCUUUAAAUCCCAUUAGAGCUAUCUCUGUUGUUUAUAAUGGAACUGUGUGCUCUUCACUAGCAUUAUACUUAAGCUCUUGGUGUAUUGAAAGGAAAGGUCCUUUAUAUGUCUCAAUGUUCAAUCCGUUGUUACUUGUUAUUGCUUCCUUUCUUAGUUGGAUUCUGCUGAGAGAGAAAUUAUACCUUGGAAUAGUGGUGGGGUCAAUCUUGACAGUUGUUGGACUCUAUGGUUUUCUUUGGGGGCAGAAAAAGGAGAUGGAACAAAGUAAAAAUGAGAUAGAGGAAGAGGACAAUAAGGCUGACUUGGAAUUGCAGUUAUAAGUUUAUAAUUAGAUAUGGAUAGUUUUCCCCAAAUAUGAAUUCCCAAAACUAGCCUUAAUUACUAGAUAUUAUUUUUUUUAAAAAAAAGUAUUGUAUUUCAUGUAUCAACUUGAGUUUCCUCCCUUUUGACACUUGUUUUCAGUUCGAAAAUGCACGAUUUAUUUAUGCAACUUUCACACCUAUAA